AUUAAACACUUCCCGUCCAGUCCAUGUAUAUAAACGGCCGGACGGGAGCAGUGCAGGGGUGGGUGGCCGUUUAUAAAUGUCCUCCCCGCUUGUGCACGCUCCCUGGGAGCGCGCAGCACUGCGAUCCGAUCGCUGCACGGGACCUCUGUGUGAGGUCCCGAUCAUGUGAUCACUGAUUGGCCAAUCAGUGAUCACAUAAAGAGUAGUAAGCAGGAUGUCACUUCUGACAUCAUUGUUUACUACGUGUGAAAUCUGUGAAUGAUCACAGAGGUCACAUGGUACAGGGC